AUGGCAACAAUACCAUUAAAACGAAUUACACUUUAUAAAAACGACUUGGGCUAUUUUGAGCGUGCAGCCGUCGUGGAAAACUCGAAAAUCGUGCUUGAUGUACCAAAAGCGAACAAAAAAUUGGUUAUUGACACAUUGUGUGUCAAUUAUUCGAUACCAGUCACGGUCAACUAUGAUAUCGAAGCACAUCAAAAAUUAUUAGCUGAAAAUCGCCAGGAGGAACUGUAUAAUUUUAUCCAAACGUCCGAUUUCAGCGCAUUUCUCAAAUCGUGUGUAGGCAACAAAAUUCAGCUAACAACGGCCAAACAGAAUCUGUCGGGAACCAUUAUCCACGUCGAUAAGAAAAUGUUAACAAUUAGCCAUGCUCAAUGUCAUGAACCAACCGAAAUGGAAAAGACGAUACUUUAUAUCAUGAUGAGUGCUGAUAAAUCAAUCCAAAAUUUUGACCUAAACAUGAUUGAAUCAAUUAAAUUCAUCGAUGAUUAUUUGCAAGAGCAAUUGGACAAGAUGUUGUACAAAGUAUCAACCGAACGAAAGCCAACAUUAAAGGAGUCGGACAAUGUUAAGAUAUAUUUCGACAUCAAUCAACCUGUAUCAGUGGAUGAAUCCAUUCAUAUAUCAUACAUAUUUCCUACCACUGAAUGGAAAUGUCUCUAUCGUUUGGAAAUAAAUUCAAACAAACUCGCUCAAAAAUCACCGACAAAAGUUGAUCUAACCCUAUUUGGUGUCAUCCAAAAUACGACAAACGAAGAUUGGAAGAAUGUGCUACUAUCAUUGGUGGCUAAUGAACUAGAAAUAUUAAAAAAUAACAAACAAACGCAAAUAUCAACAGCGAAACGAGAAGAAGCGCGACCGUUAAACUAUCAAAUAUUUUUUAAACCAUUGACAGGAAAAAUGCUCGUACUUGAUGAUCUUAAACCGUCUGACACAAUUGACCAUGUUAAAUCGAGAAUUCAAGCUAAAGAAGGUGUUCCACCGGACCAACAACGACUCAUAUUUGCCGGAAAACAGUUAGAAGAUGGUAGAACAUUAAGCGAUUACAACAUCCAAAACGAAUCGACUGUCAACAUGGUUUUACGUUUACGAGGUGGUCCAGCUGCCUCUCGGCCUGAAUCAAAAGCUUCUGAAAAACAGAAUGUGAUUGAAGAUGAUAAUGACGAUUUUGAAUUGCUAGAUGUAUCUCAGACAAGUGGUCUAUCUGAACUUGUUAUUUACAAUUUAAACUCGUUCACAACAAUACCAGCAAAACAAAGUGCCCUCGUCACAAUAAACAAAUGGAAUGUACACGGCGAACUUGUUCUGUACUAUGACCCAAAAGUGAAUGAUUUAAAUGCCAUAAAAGCUGUUCAUUUGUUCAAUGAUACGGGCUCAGUUUUAGCUCCUGGAUCUGUGGCUGUAUUGGACGAAGGACGAUUUGUUGGACAGUGUCAGUUUACGCCAAUGUUAGCGAAAGAUGAUCAAGUAAGACCUAGUUAA